AUGACCGGUGUCUUCGAAUCAUUACUGGUAUAUGCUGAGACCACCGAAUCUAUCAUCAUUCAUCUGCAAUCAUAUUUCAUUAUUUGGUCUUAUUUCAUUGGAUUAUUAUUAUUAUUAUUAUCAUUAAUAAUAAACUCUUCAAUAAAUCAAUUAGUUACUGGGUUAUCAAUUAAUUAUACCUAUGAAAAUGAUUCCUUUAAUCAAUUAAAACAUUCUAAUUAUCUACAACAGAUAAAAUUCAAUCAAUCGAAUUCAAUUCAAUUGAUGAAUAGUGAAAAAAUUCUAUUAAUAUCAGAUAGACCAUUGCAUUUAGAUACAAUAUUUCCAAUUAAAUUUUAUGGUGAAUAUUAUAAAACAGUUAAAAUCUUAUCAAACGGUAUUAUAAAUAUUAUUGAGUCAAAUUUGGGGAAAUUAUCUGGAAGCAUUAAAGUAUUUUAUGGAGUUUGGAAAACGGGUCAAGUGGAUAUUAUUCAAAAUGAUAAGCUUCUAACAAAAUGGAAGAACAUGAUACCGAAUGGAACAUUUAAUGAAACAGAAGAAUCUAUGCCUGGAAGUCCUAUAUAUUAUCCAACGAAAAUUCAAAGUUAUGCCUAUUCACCUCAUUACAAAAACACUGUGAUAAAAGUUCCUGCAUUCUUGAUAAAGUCGAACACCUUAAUGGAGUUUAUACCAGAUCCAAUUUGCUCUGAUCAAACAUCAUGCAGUGAAUGCCUCAAACCAGGUGCAUUCGCUACAAAAUGUUAUUGGUGUCCAAGAACAAGAAAAUGUACUAAUACUCAUGAUAGUUAUGGGAGAAUGUGGAAGAAAGGAGAGUGUCAAAUACAGAAUAGUGAAAAUUGUACUGUUCAGAACGAUGUUCUAACUACUCCGAUUCAAGACAUCAUCAGUAUAACAAAACCCUCGAUCAAAAGAAAUAAACUUACAAAUCCUACACAGAAAAUUACAAACAACAAUUUAUCAGAGCAUGUAUCCAGUACGACAACUGUUCAAAAUAGUGAAAAUUGUACUGUUCAGAACGAUGUUCUAACUACUCCGAUUCAAGACAUCAUCAGUAUAACAAAACCCUCGAUCAAAAGAAAUAAACUUACAAAUCUUACACAGAAAAUUACAAACAACAAUUUAUCAGAGCAUUUAUCCAGUACGACAACUGUUCAAUCAAUCACAAAAAAAAACAAUUAUGUCAAACAAUCUGGAACUUUGUUACGUACUACAAAAAAUGCAGUGACAUUUCAAGACUUACGUAAACGUGUUGAUUCUGACAAUUUAAAUAUAUCAGACGGUUUAACUGAUAUUUUUGAAUGA